AUGGAGUAUCCAGUGUUGCCUCCAGUGGGUCUUCCUCCUCUAGGUAACCCUGAUAUUUUGGAGGGAGAGAAUGACCUCACAGCUCUAACCUUCCUCCACGAGCCAGUGGUACGUCACAAUUUGCGUGUGCGCUUUCUGGACUACAGUAGCAUUUACACUUACUGCCGGAUUGUGUUGGUGGCGUUAAAUCCAUAUGAACAGUUGCCCAUUUAUGGAGAGGAAGUGAUCGACGCUUACAGCGGCCAGGACAUGGCUGAUAUGGAGCCACACAUUUUUUCUGUGGCUGAAGAGGCAUACCGAAGAGAGGAGAAAAACCAAUCCAUCAUAAUCAGUGGAGAAUCAGGCUCAGGUAAAACUGUAUCUGCUAAGUUCAUCAUGCGUUACUUUGCUGUCGUGGGUGGUGCGGCCCAGCAGACCAGUGUGGAGGAGAACGUGCUGGCAUCAAAUCCCAUCAUGGAGGCAAUUGGUAAUGCAAAAACAACCAGAAACAACAACAGCAGUCGUUUUGGAAAGUAUAUUGAGAUAGGAUUUGGACGUUCAAUGACCAAGUUCGUUAUUGAGAUGAAUUUUGUUUCAUAACACAAACAGGCAGCUCAAGAGAGAAACUACCACAUCUUCUACCAGCUUUGUGCUUCCAGGGAUUUGCCAGAGCUGAGGACACUCAAACUUGAUUCUACAGAGAACUUUCAUUACACCAACCAAGGACAAGAUGUGCACAUUUCUGGCACAGAUGAUGUGGUUGAGCUAGAGCGGACAAGAAAUGCCUUUACUGUUCUCGGUAAGCUAAAAAACCAGCAGAUGGAGAUAUUUCGUAUACUGGCAGCUAUUCUUCAUCUGGGGAAUAUCAACAUACAAGCCAGUGGCCGUGGUGGGGACCCCAACGACCGUUCCUUGGCCAUCUUUGCCAAGCUUUUAGGGGUGGAAGGUGCUCAGAUGGCCCAAUGGCUAUGCCACAGGCGGUUGGCAGUGAGAGGGGAUAUGCUUGUGAAGCCCAUGACAGGUCAGCAGGCUAAUGAAGCAAGGGAUGCUCUGGCUAAGCAUGUGUAUGAGCAACUGUUCACUUGGACAGUGCAGAGGCUCAACUCAUCCUUAAGAGCGCACCGGGAACAGCCCAAAUCUUUCAUAGGAGUUCUUGACAUCUGUGGGUUUGAGACUUUUGACAGGAAUAGUUUUGAGCAAUUCUGUAUUAACUACGCAAACGAGAAACUCCAACAGCAGUUCAACAGGUCAGAACUAGUUGCUGAGUUGUUUCAGACGGAGUCAGCAGGUGGAUCCCUCCCCAACUCCUCUCUUGCAAACGGGAGCAUACGUUCAGGGAAGAGAGCUCACAGAGAGCACAAAUUAACUGUGGGCUUUCAGUUUCGUCAAUCCCUGCAACUUUUGAUGGACACCUUGAACAGCACCACACUGCAUUAUGUCCACUGCAUAAAGUCCAAUAACCUCAAAAAAACAUUUCUAUUUGAUCCCAAGCGAGCAGUGCAGCAAUUGCGAGCAUGUGGAGUCUUGGAGACCAUCCGAAUCAGUGCCGCAGGCUACCCCUCCAGGUGGACAUACGAGGAAUUUUACACUCGUUAUCGGGUGCUGCUACGUGGUUCUGUUUCUAAAGAUGAUAUGCGCUAUUCCUGCCAGAGUGCCCUUCCUGGUCUCAUCCCUGAUCCAGAGCAGUACUGCUUUGGCAAGACCAAGGUCUUCUUCCGGGCCGGACAGGUUGCAGUACUGGAGAAGCUGAGAGGGGAUCGGCUACAUGCGGCAGGAGUUUUGAUCCAAAGCUGGGUGAGAGGAUGGCUGCAGCAUAGGCAUUAUCAGCGGCUCUGGUGGGCCACCUUCAUCCUGCAGCGGUACAUCAGAGGAACCCUGGGCCAAGGGUUGGCAUGGAGCCUCCGUUACACACGUGCAGCUUUAAUCAUCCAGAAAACAUACCGCAUGCUGGCUGUGCGACAGCUUUAUCUUACCAUCAGAGAGGCCACCAUCAAAAUCCAGGCUUUCAUCAGAGGCACUCAGGCUCGUCGGAUUUAUAGACAGAUGCUCACAGAGCGGGCGUUGGUGUUCUUGCAGGCGCGGGUGAGAGGCUGGCUGACCCGGUGCAGUUUCAGAUGCAUCAGAGCUGCAGUGGGGCUCCUGCAGUGCUGCGUGCGCAGGAAAUCCAAGCUCUCCGAGUUGAGAGAUUCUUUGGAGAAAGAGAGGGAUGAUCUGGCCAUUGGUUUACAGGAUCAGGAAAAAGCUCUGGAGGGUGAAUCAUGUGUCUGCCACAGUGUCAUUUUCACCAUCUCAACUCAUCGUUCACGUGGACACAGACGAACAGAUUCAACUGCAUCUUUGGAGCCUCCUUCACCCGUCACCACACCGUUCUCCAGCUCGCCCGUCUUCCCUUCACCUGAGGAGGUCAGGAGGAUCAGCGUGACGUCGCCCACCGACAGGAGACCCUGGAGAGAUGAGCAACCUCUGAACAUCGUAAUGGAGGAUAUGAGCAUUGCGAAGGACACCGCUGAAAGUAUCAAGGGGGAGGAUCUCAGAUGUGCUUAUGACGCUGUACGGGUGGCCAAGAAGUCAGGUUCCUUCUGCUCACCUCACGUUCCUAGAGAGGCAGCUGUUGUCUCAGAGAGCGCAGUGGGAGCAGGAGAUAUCAGAUCUCACGAUGAAACUCAAGACAGAGAUACACCUGGAGAUCCUGAGAUGAAUAAACACGGCAAUGAUCUGGACGUGACGGCUGUGUGGCUGAAGAACACUUACCUGCUCAAAGACCUGCUCUACCAGCACUCUCCUCGACUGAAUGACGUGAGGGGCUCAGAGGAGCUGGUUCCUCUGGUGACGGAUGUGCAGGACUCUGUCUGGGUGCUCAGUGAUCUGUGUAUUCAGGCCAAUCAGCAGCUGCUGUCCAUCUCAGAGAGUCGCCUGCAACCCAUCAUCGUCCCAGCAAUGCUUGAAAGUGAGAGCAUUCCUGGUCUGGCUGGAUCAUCAGUGAAGCUGAGUGCCCGUUCCCAGUACGGAGGGAGCGACUAUGUCAGCGGUCCUGAGGGAACUGUCAGCGCUGCACACAGCCCUGUCCCGUCAGGAUCUGCCCUCGGCCCUGCAGGAGCAAGCCUUCCAUCAGCUCAUGUAGGCUACCUGCUGGCCGCCUCCACCCUCAACAGCCUGCUGCUGCGCAAAGACAUGUGCUGCUGGAACCGCGGCCUGCAGAUCAGGUAUAAUGUGAGUUUACUGGAGGAGUGGCUGCGCAGUCGUUCGCUGCAGACAGGGGGCGCUGUGACCGCGCUGGAGCCACUCAUACACGCAGCACAGCUUCUUCAAAUGAGCAAGACGACUGAAGCUGAUGGACAAGCCAUGGUCCAAGCCUGCAAUGAACUGUCCAACCAGCAGGUGGUGAAGAUUUUAAGCCUCUAUACACCGCAGAGUGACCUUGAGGAGAGAGUAACGUUCAAUUUCAUCCGUAUAGUGCUGCAGGUACGAGCAAAGCAUUUGAUUCUAAAACAAUAUUAUAGCAGGCUUUUGUCCAGCAGUGACAGCGGCUUUCCCAGGGGCUGCUGAAGGGGUGUUCUGAGGGGCAACCUCUGCAGCUUCUGAUGGAUGUCAGACGGGUAUUCCCCGUCACGUUCCCUUAUCUGCCUCCACCACAAGUCAGUGCGGCCCAGCUGGAAAUCCCAGAGUCCCUCAAGAUCUCUUUCCUACGCAGAGUCUGAAUGUGGGUGUUCCUUUGCCUCCUGAAAUGCUUUUUUG